AUGGAUUUCGCAGCGCUCAUGAACAAAGAGCUCUCAAAGAGCAAGAAGAGCUCCGGUAGCGAGGAAAAGAAGUACCUGAAACGUUCAGAAAUAGAAGCGCAAAGAAAAGAAGCAUACCUUGCCGAACAAAAAGCCCUUGAGGCCGAGCGAGAAGCCAAAGCAGCCGCAAAGCGCAAACGAGAGGAAGAUGCCGCCGCCGAGAACGCUGCCCGCGAGGAGAAGCGUCGCAAACUUGCUGAGGACAUGCGCAAAAGGCGCGAAGAGCAAGAAGCUGAAGAAGAACGCGCCCGAAGGAAGCGACUUGGUUUACCAGAGCUGGUCAAGGCCAAGAGCGAAGACGUCGAGGAUGGUGUGCAUGCCAGCGAGGAUAUACCAGAGGAGGAGCUCGUUGAAAAGUUGAGGGGGCUGGGUGAACCAGCUGUAUUGUUUGGGGAGAAUCACUCUGCGAAACUGAGAAGAUAUCGCAAGUUGACGACAGUCAUGACCAAGGGUCCUAUACCGACAACACUGGAACUCGUGGACGAGAAGGAUAUGAAGGUGACCACCGAGUUACCAAAAGACAAGGAAGGCAGGAAGUGGCUAUUUCGACAACUGGCAAGCUACUUUACGAUGGUUCUUACAGAGUACGAGCGAGCUAUGGAGGCUGAGAAGCGGGAUACAAGUGCCAGUAAAACGGCAUAUAAUGCUAUGGUACAGACGCGAGAGAACAUGAAACCACUAUUCCGCAAAUUUGAGCAAGGUGAACUCGAUGACGACAUUCUCAAGCCUGUUACAGAAAUCGUUCAAGCUCUCCAAGAGCGUCGUUACGUGGACGCCAACGACGGGUAUCUACGUCUGAGUAUCGGCAAGGCAGCAUGGCCUAUUGGUGUUACCAUGGUAGGCAUCCACGAGCGUAGCGCUCGUGAGAAGCUGCAUGAUGGAGAGAAGGGCCAUGUCAUGGGAGAUGAGGUUACUCGCAAGUACCUUCAGAGCAUCAAACGCUGCCUGACUUUUGCGCAAGUUCGAUGGCCGCCCACAGACUUGCGACAGUUGAUGGGCUAA